UUAGAAAUCCUAAACCUAUGAAAUCUACCAAUAAAUCCACAAAACGUCAACAACUUGAAUCGCCCACAUCCGAACACCAGGUUAUUCCUAAUAACAAUUUAUUAUCACCUAAAUUUCUUGAUGAUUUAAGUGAUAUUGAUAUGAAUUCACCAAUUUUUAACCUUGAUUUAUUUACUGACUGGACCGAUUUCUUUAACAAUCAAAACACCUAUCCUAGUCCUGAUUUAUCAAUAAUCUCCAGCGGCAACAGUUCUCCUAGUUCAAAUGAUCUUGAUUUUCCAAUUCAACAAGUCGAUGAUGAUAUUGUAAAUAACCUUUUAUUUAUUAGUGAAAACCAGUCUCCAAUAUAUGAUAGUCAAUACGGACUCGGAAUUUUCGAUUUCUCUAACGCUAACGACGAAAUAAGUUUACUUAAUCCACAUGAAAUAUUUGAUAUACAGAACAAUUACAUUGUAAAUGACUUGGUCAAUUCUAAUGACCAAUUAUCUUUCUUGCCUAAUUUAUCAAAUACAACAAUAAAUCAUGAUAAUUUAAGUGAUGCAUUAAUUGCUUAUGAGAUGGGUUUUAAUUAUCCUAUCUAA